AUGCCUUUUAACCCUGUCGCUCCCACCCUCUUAACGGUGGAAAAACUCAGGGCAAGGCGAGCUUUUUGUAACGCCAGAGAACUGAAACGACAAGCCCCCCCCGCCCGCUUUGAACAGAAAGUCCGGGGAGCCGGCCCCGCUCUUGCGCGGCCGGGGCGGAACCAGAGCGCCUGGCCCACGGUCGGGGCUGGGGCUCUGCGCCCGGCGCACACGGGAAGCCUUGGUCCUUCUGCCGGAUGCUGCCGCCCUUCCCAGCCCUGCUCGGGAAGCUGGUUGCUGCCGGGGGUGGCCGUGCUCCUUGCCGUUCCCUCGGUGGGGUCUUCUGCUAAGGCAAAUAUGUUUCACCUUGUACAGCGAUGUUGUUCCCACAUACCUUUAAAACUCCAGAAGUUGACCCUUCACAGACUACUACAGUAUGGAACGAAUAAGACAAUUUGUUCUUCUCCUCUCAGUAUCCCUCUGCAGAAAGUUCUUUCCCGUCCGUUGAGAUCUCAGCUCCUCACCAAGGCCUCAGCCUGUGUAACCAAGGCCCAGGGAUUCCAUUGCUCCCUCCGCUGCUUAAAGAAAAAGAAACCAGAAGAACCUGAACCCCAACUGGGGCUUCUGCGCCAUGAUAUGAGGUCACUAAAGGACUCACCAAAGCCUGCCUUUUACCUGGGCCUUGCAGGGUUGAUUCCAUUUGUUUCAGUGCCACUGAUAAUGGCUAUCCAACAGACCUACUACACUGAGCUGGCAUUUGCUCAAAUUACAUAUGGGGCCACUAUAGUCUCUUUUCUAGGAGGAGUCAGGUGGGGAUUUGCUCUCCCAGAAAAUAGCCCAGCCAAUCCGGAUUGGAUGAACUUGGGGAACAGUAUAGUUCCCCCUUUAUUAGCCUGGUUUGCCAUACUUUUUAAAGAUGACUUCACUCAAGCUGCAAUCAUGGUGAUAAUUGGUUUAGGGGUAGCAUUACAUUAUGACCUUGCUGUUCUUCCUACUUAUCCCAGCUGGUUUAAAGCCCUCAGGGUAUUACUAACAGUGGUGGCAGUAUUUUCAUUGGUAGCCACCUUGGGACUUAUGGAUGUUUAUCCAGAGAAGCAGCUAAGGAACAGUGCAAGUAAAAGUAAAUGAAAGUGAAACAUCAUAAACCAACAGACAAGAGAUUUUUUUUUCUUUUUCUGUCAAGCCACUGCAGAGUUUUGUAUGAAGUUCUAAUGGGAGUAAACGAAACUGCUUAGCUUCUCCAUGCUUGCAGAACUAGAGCCAUGAGUGGAAAUCAGAAAACAGGAGCUUGCAAGACGCUUACUUUGGGAGCAACCAGUUUCCAAGCAAGUUGAGCAGAGGAUUUAUAUAUACACAUUAUUCACUUUCUUUAGAUUGUUUUCAAGACAGGUAUGCAUCUUCCCUUAUUUGUACAGCAAGAGCCCAAUCCUGACAGAUCUUUGGGUACUACUGUAAUAUAUGUUUAAACGUUUGGGGGUAGAUUAAACUCCUUGUGUACUAUGAAGAAUAAUCAUUAAAACACGCAUGGGUCAAGAGGCUUAAUUAUAA